AUGGUGGUCGCAGGCAUUGACAUUGGCACAACGCACGGCUGCGUGGGUGUGUGGCACAAUGGCAAGGUAAAUAUCAUUGCGAAUGAUCAGGGCUUUCGUACCACGCCCGCUUACGUAUGUUUUGAGGGAGAGGAGGUCAUUGUGGGUGACACGGCUGUCAAUAAGCUGCCGUCGCAUGCGGACAACACCAUUUUCCACCUCAAACGGCUACUAGGCAAGACCCACGCCGACGUAAAAGACCGCGAGUAUGUCAAGAUGUGGCCUUUUAAUGUCACAGAAGGAACGGAAGGGAUCGCCCAGGCUGAGACGCAGCGUAAUGGUGAGAAACACGCCGUGAAUCCCGUGGAAUUUAUGGCACUGCUGCUACAGAAUCUCAAAGAUCUGGCCGAGGACUUUACGGGUGAGAAGCUCGAGCAUGUGGUCAUUAAUAAGCCGGCGCACACGGACGACAAGUACACGGAGUUACUGAACGCUGCUGCCAAGAAGGCGGGAGUCAAUGUGCUGAAGUACCUGAGCGAACCGCUAGCUGCUGCCAUUGCUUACGGACUCGAUGAAGCUGCUAAUAAUGAGAAGCCAGAGUACGUCCUCGUGUUCGACAUUGGCGGUGCUACCCAUGAUGUGACUCUGCUGAACGCCGAUAAGGGACUGUUUGAGAUUGUGGCCAGCAAGGGCAACGACACUCUUGGUGGUGAAGACUUUACGGCUGCCGUGUUUGAACACUGUGCCAAAUCGUUCUUACGCAAAACCAAGCUGGAUGUGAAGACGAACGAGAAGGCGUCGAGUCGCCUUCGCAUUGCUUGUGAGGCUGCCAAGCGCUCACUUUCCACGCAAACACAGGCGAACAUCGAAGUCGACUCGCUUAUGGAGGGUGAGGACUUUGCACUCAAGUUGUCGCGCCCUCGUUUCGAAGAGCUCAUCAAUGAUUACGUGCAGAAGACGAUCACUGAGAUCGACGCUAUUCUGGAGGAAAAUGAGCUUGAGAAGGAAGAUAUUGACCACGUUGUGCUAGUUGGCGGUUCCACCCGUAUCCCGCUAGUGCAGAACCUCGUCAAGAAGUAUUUUGAGGGCAAGACGCUGCACACGCAGCUAUCUCCCGAUGAAGCUGUUGCUUUUGGUGCCACCAUCGAGGCGUCUUGCCUUGCUGAGCUCGUGGGAGUCCCCGAGCCUGAAAAACCGCUGAAUAUGGUGAACGUGGUGCCCUUGAACCUGUCUGUGGCCCUAGCCAAUGGUAGUGUGUCAGAGCUAAUCCAGCGCAACACGGUUCUGCCUGCUUCUGCAACCGAGCUGUUCACCACGUCGGCCGAUAACCAGGAGGCUGUGUUCCUGCAGAUCUUCGAGGGCCAGCGCCUCAUGGCCAAGGACAACACUCUCGUGGCACAGCUGAGUGUGGCGGGCAUCACGCCGCUGCCAAAGGGCGACGCCGAAAUUGAGGUGACGUUUACUGUGAGUACAAAGGGCGCUCUUACAGUGACCGCUUCGGAGCGCAAGGCUGGCAACAAGACGCUGGAGGUGACGCAGGACUCGACGCGAUUGACGCCUGCGGACGUCGCUGCUAUUGUCAAGAAGGCGGAGGAUGCCGCUGACGAGGACGGUGAGCUGUUGGGUGAGCUGGAGGAUGCCGAGGAGGCGGAAAAAGCUGCGGAACUUGAGGCUGCCACUCCCGAGGUCGAGGCUACGAGUGGUCCUGUCAUGCCUGUUGUGCCUACGCAGGAUCUAGACUAA